AACAAAGAUCAACAAUUGGCCAGACAAAGAAUACAAGAAAAUUUCAAUUGGAAUUUAUUGCAUCAUUUGACAUGUUGUACAGGCAGUGGUGAACUGAUCGGUGUUGUUUAUCAUCCAAGUUAUCAAUAUCAAUAUUUAUUAAAUCAUUAUUUGAAAAUUGAUCAUCAAGGUCAUAUUAUGAUUGGAACUUACAAUGGUGAAGGAAAUUAUAGUCUUGUUUAA